CCUGGGUCUCUAUCCACACAAGGGCAGGUGCUCAGCAUCUUAGUAUCCUCCUUCAAAGGCUUCAUCCUAAUUCUUUAGCAGCCAAUAGCACACUCCUACGGACUACGGCUUCGCCCAACAACAGAACGGACGCUGCCUGAUUGCUGCCGCUAGACCUCCGCGGGGGCGUCUGGGAGUUGUAGUUCGGACCAGUGAGCUGACGCAGUUCGGGACAAGACGGACGGGCGAGCGCCAUUGUGUCUUUCGCAGUCACUUGUAACGCUUCGUGAGAGUCCGUCGGGGACAGCACCCAUCUUAUGUUUUAUUCGCAACUUCUGGAGCCUAGUGUCGGCUUCGUUAGUGACUCCACUUCUACGGACCCGGGAGAAGGUCUGUAGUCCUGGGUCAGGAUCCUGAAGAAGACAUCGUGUUCUAGAUGAAGAACACAAUUUAAGAAAACCAACCGCAUUUUGGAUUAGAGGACAUCAGCUGUCCCCUGUCGGUUAGAGGGGAACCUGUCUUGUAGGCUUAUGGGAGUCGGGGAGAGGACUCACUUUUCAUUUUGCCGUGUUGGGGUGGACUGGCCAUGUCCUGCUGGGGGACGGGAUAUAGGCAGAGGUGGGGUAGCCAACUGGGCACAUUUCUUAGUGCCCCCCCCUCUUCCACCUUCAGUUUCGUCAGCAUUCUGCCUACUCGCGCGAGAGAACAUUGAGGACAGUAUGGCUUCCACGCUUCCAACAACCUGGCCCCAUGAAUCUGUGAAGUUUGAAGAUGUAUCACUGACAUUUACCAAGGAAGAGUGGGCACAGCUGGACCUCCAACAGAAGUGCCUAUACAGGGAAAUCAUGAUGGAGAACUACAAUAACAUGAUUUCAGUGGAGCAUCACUUUUCCAAGCCAAAUGUCAUAUCUCAGUUAGAAGAAGCAGAAGACUGCUGGCCAAUGGAGAGAGAAAUUCAUCAAGAUAUUCUUCCAGAAUGUUCUGGGCCUUCUCUGGACCCUGGAAUGAAUUCCUUUCCUGCUGAGAGUCCCCUGAUGAAGAUCAAGGUUGUUGAGGUCCUUACAUUGAACAAGGAUGUGGCUGGUCCCCGGAAUGCCCUGAUUCAAUCCCUAUAUCCAGAAAGUAGGGGAAACUUGAACCCAGGUAACCUCAAGCCAGCUAAGCCAAGCAAGCGUUUGACUGACACUGAAGCUUUGCGCCAGAAGUUCCGACAUUUCCAGUAUGAAGAGUCAGCUGGUCCCCAGAAGGCUGUGUCCCGGCUUCGUAAGCUGUGUCACCAGUGGCUGCAGCCCAAUACACGUUCAAAGAAGCAGAUCCUAGAGUUGCUGGUGCUUGAACAGUUCCUGAGUGCACUGCCUGAGAAGUUUCGGGUGUGGUUAGAGUCACAGCACCCAGAGGACUGCAGAGCAGCGGUGGCUUUGUUGGAGAAUAUGACCUCAGUGACUAAGGAUGAUGCUCAGCUUGUCUGCUCUAGUGAAGCCACUGAUCAACUAAAGGAGAAAAGGAAGGAUGUGGCUACCUUACCAGUUACUGUACCACCUGAGGAGCCGGUGACUUUCCAGGAUGUGGCUGUGGGCUUCAGUCAGGAGGAGUGGCGGCUACUAGGUCCAGUGCAGAGGACGGAGUAUCAUGAUGUGAUGCUAGAGACCUUGGGCAACUUGGUCUCUGUGGGGUGGGAGCCUACAUUGGAAAACAGAGCAAUAAGUCCAGACUCUCCCAUUCCUGUGGUAAAACCAAUUCAUGACCCAAACCCAAAAGAUCUCUCAAGGAAUGGUAUCCAAUCCACUGUCUUUGAAAUUAUCUCACAAGAUAGGGUCCAAGAAAUACACACCAUAGAAUCAAAUCAAGCGGGUCUUCUACAGGAAAAAAGCCAUCCUCAGAAGAAGCUCUCUGAAAGCUCCAAGUCUCAGGAGGGAACUAAUCUUCACAAAAGCCAGGGCUCACUUGAUGAAGUUCCUCCUAGAAAGCAUGUAAAAGUUAAGCAGAAGGGGACUAGAAAGGGGAAAGACAGGAAGAACACCAUUUCCAUGACACGAGGUUUACGCAUAAGAAAUCAGCAAAAGGACUCUGUGGAGUGGCAAGGCAGGAGUGACAGCAAUCCCAUGACACAUGGCUACUCUAUAAAAAACCAACACGGUUCUGAGCAGGGAACAGCUGGGGCCAGAAGAGGUCCCAUUACACUUACUGUGUCUGCACAAUUUUACCAGAAAGCCACUGGCUCUGAAGAGGGUAGAUUCAGGGACAAUAGCAAUGCCAUGGUACCUGAUACACCUACAAAGAUUCACCAGAAAAGCCCUGAAUGGCAUAAAGUGGGGAAAAGUAACAAUUCCAUGUCACAAGGUUCAUCUGUACAAAAUGACCAGAUGGGGUCUGGGGCAGGAAGAGGCAGGGACAAUACUAUCUUGACACAUGCACUACCUGUAAAAAUUCACCAGAAAGGCUAUGAAGAAGGUAAAGUUCAAGGAAACAGGAAUUCCUUGAGACAUGUAAAAGCUCACCAGAAGGGCUCUAAAGGAGAAAGAGUCAGGGAACUUAGCACUUCUGAAAAACAUGUUCCCUAUAUAAAAAAUCACCUAAAGACCUCUGAAAGAGAAAAAGGCAGGGAAAACAAUGAUUCCAUAAAAUACGGUCCCUAUAUAAAAACUUGCUAUAGGGGUUCUGAAGUGAGAAAGCUCAAGAGAGCCAAUAAUUGUACGAAGGCCAUCAGCCGGCAUGCUCAGCAGAUAUUCUUUAUAAAAAUUCACAAGGGGAGCCAAGUUUGCCGAUGCAGUGAAUGUGGUAAAAUGUUCCGAAAUUCUAGGUAUUUCUCUGUCCAUAAGAAGAUCCACACAGGAGAACGGCCUUACAUGUGUAUGGCCUGUGGGAAAGCCUUUGUUCAGAGCUCUUCCCUCACACAGCAUCUUAGAAUUCAUAGUGGAGAGAGACCAUUUGAAUGUUCAGAGUGUGGGAGGACUUUCAAUGACCGCUCAGCCAUCUCUCAGCACCUGAGGACUCACACUGGAGCUAAGCCCUACCACUGUCAGCACUGUGGGAAAGCUUUCCGUCAGAGUUCCCACCUUACCAGGCAUGAGAGGACUCAUACUGGGGAGCGACCAUAUGUGUGCAGCAACUGUGGGAAGGCAUUCACACAGAGCUCACACCUUAUUGGGCAUCAGAAAACACACAGGAUAAAAUUCAAGAAGCAACCCAAAUUGUAGCCUUUGUGCCUUUCAAAGCACUAAUUUUUCAGCCUUGAGAUGUACUAUGCAGACACCGAGUGUGAUAAAUAGGCUUUGAAUAAGGAAAGCCCCACACCUUAAGGGCAGCUCAGGACACCACCCAGCAGGCAGUGAGUGAAACCAUCAGGGAGUUUUUUAAUUGCUUCACUUAUCCUCAGAAGGAAAUAAAAGAUCUGAAAAUACUCCUAAGUUUAAAGAAGCCAAGUACCAAAAAUUGCACCAAUAUUUCUAUACAGGGUAAAGUGUGUGAGUGACAAAAAUUAAAAGUAUGUAGAAAAAUAAACUUAUAUUUAUGUGGAA